UACAAAGCGUGACGUUUCCCCCAUUUUUACUUUUCUAAAAAUUGUUAGCCAUUUUUCUGGUGACAAAUUAGUAAGGUUUUAGGGUACAUUGAACGUAUGGAUGCUUGAAUUACUGUGAUCUUGGAAGAUGACGGAUCAAGAGAAUGACACUGGGGCAACGCCUGCCGGAGGGUCGAAAGUAGUGAUGGUAGAACAAUCGACGGUGUCGUCACACAAGCCCUACCGCCCCACUGACCUCCAGGACGACACCUCAGGGGAGCUCCACCACAAGCGGUCACGUGCUCCCGCUGUCCCGUCUGUAGCUGAAGAAUUCAAAGAUUCACCUGAAAGUGCAGAAAUGAAGGAACAACCAGAAACAACAAAGGGAAGCGAGUGCGGGAUGUCUGUCGAAAAGAUCAAUAAUAUCGAGAAGAAAGUAUCUUCGACGAUCAGUAAAAAGCGACCGUCUACACCAGAGGCGAUACCACUAGCACCAAUAGAGGUUGAAGUAAAGAAAACUGAAAUUCUCGCUUCACCAACAUUACACCCUGUACAACCCAUACCACCUGGCCUAGGCUCUAAAGCGUCCGAAGUCUCAGAUCUACCAGAUAAAAAGGAAACGGAAGGAAAAGAUGAAGAGGAUAGUAUAACGGGAGAGAUCGCAGAACUACGGACGCCAGAUCCCACACAAAAAUCUACAGAAUGGGACACUGAAAAUCAUAGUCAAAAUAAAGUGCCUGAAAACCAAGAAACUGAAGGAGCUGUACCACUGCAGAGAAAACUCGCAAAUGAAACUAUUAGGAAAAGUGGUAAUGAAGUAGAAAAGGAAGAUAUUUCCGGGAUCCAAUAUAUAGAAAGAAAUUCUGAAAGAAAGUCUAAAAGUGAAACUAUAAACCAAUUUGUUACAAGUUCUCACGAAUUAAAGAGAAAACAGAUCUCUUGGAAUGAGUCCACGUAUUUGGACAAAGUACAGCUUCAGGUUACGUUAUGA